AUGGUGCGGAUUUCAAAGCCCAAGACGUUUCAGGCCUACCUGGAUGAUUGUCACCGGAGGUAUAGCUGUGCCCACUGCCGCGCUCACCUGGCCAACCACGACGACCUCAUCUCCAAGUCCUUCCAGGGCAGUCAGGGGCGCGCCUACCUCUUCAACUCUGUGGUGAACGUGGGCUGCGGGCCAGCCGAGGAGCGGGUGCUGCUGACAGGCCUCCAUGCUGUCGCUGAUAUCCAUUGUGAAAACUGCAAGACCACUUUGGGCUGGAAAUAUGAACAGGCCUUCGAGAGCAGCCAGAAGUACAAAGAGGGGAAGUACAUCAUUGAACUCAACCACAUGAUCAAAGACAACGGCUGGGACUGA